AUGGAGAGAUCUGGAUGGAAGCCAAACGAUGAUCAUCAUCACAUAUGCCCGAAUUGCCCCCGGUGCGGUUGUUCUAACACCAAGUUUUGUUACUAUAACAACUACAGUUUGACACAGCCUAGGUACUUCUGCAAGGGCUGUAGGAGAUACUGGACCAAAGGCGGUUCCCUCCGGAACGUCCCCGUCGGAGGCGGGUGCCGGAAGAACAGAAGAGGGUCAAGGUCGUUAAGGCUAUCCACCAACACCACCACGGCUACCGGGAGUAAUAAUGUGAAUAGUGGCACAAUUGGGCAUAAUUCAUAUGGAAUUAGUAGUUCAUUGGAUCCAGAUUCUACUAGCUCCGGAGAGUCCAAUCAGGAUGCGCCACCACGUAUUGAUCUCGCAGUCGUUUAUGCAAACUUCUUGAAUCAGAAGCCAGUUUCCAGGAGUUCAGGAUCUGAUCAGUUGCCAGAAUUUCCUGGGGAAUUAAACCCGGGUUUAGAUUUUUCAAGCUGCAUAGCAAACAUGAACAUCAAUGCAGGCUCAGGCUCAAGUAUUCAGUUGGUGGAAGAAAAUGGUCUUAAUGGAUCAAUAGGAUGUCACAGUACUCUAUCUGAAAAUUGUGGGACCAUCAAUGACCACAUGUACUUUGGUGGGUUAGACCCAUUAAUCGAUCAUCAUCAGAAGCAUCAAGAUCAUAGCAGUGAUCUAGUACAAUAUGCAAGUAGUACUCAUGAAUCAACUGAUCAUUUUGGGUUGCCACCAUUGCCAGACCAAGAAGUAUUGUGGUCUAGUUCUCACGAUCAAAUGAUGGCUAGUCCUAUCAUGCAACCUACCCCUGUGCUCGGAUCAGAGGCUCAUGAUCCAAACCUGUUAAAUUGGAGCCCCUUAUUCGAUUUACCAUGUAAUGGAACUUUCUCCAGGACAUGA